CUUUGCAAAGUCCUCCUCCCCCUCCAUCUGAGGAAGGUUUGGCGGUUUGGCGCCGUUUUGCACGAACCCACAGACACGCCAAUGUUGCCAAUCAUGAGGCAAGCGAUCCCUCCAAAGGGGCCAGAGGUUGUCAGAGGUGGAUGUCAUGAGGGCGGGUGUGCAGCCUCCCUCUGGGUCGCUUUCGCCUUCUGCACGUUGAGGAGAAAGAGAGAGGAAAGGAGAAGGAGGAGGCAAAAAGAGGCUCCCCAAAGGCGGGAUGGCGGCGGAACCGAGCUCCUUCGAGACGCUCUUUGAGGGGAAAAGGCGAUAACAUUCUUUGACCACCAUGAGUUGGAGUUUCUUGACACGUCUGUUAGAAGAAAUCCACAACCAUUCCACGUUCGUUGGGAAGAUCUGGCUGACAGUGUUGAUCGUAUUCCGCAUUGUCCUCACCGCCGUGGGAGGGGAAUCCAUCUAUUAUGACGAACAGAGCAAGUUCGUGUGCAACACAGAACAGCCAGGUUGUGAGAAUGUUUGCUACGAUGCGUUUGCCCCCCUCUCCCACGUUCGCUUUUGGGUAUUUCAAAUCAUCCUGGUGUCCACUCCCUCGGUGAUGUACCUGGGCUAUGCCAUUCACAAAAUUGCCCGGAUGGUGGAACACGGGGACACAGAGCGCAAAUUCCGAAGCAAACCUUUCCCAAUGCGUUGGAAACAGCACAGGGGCUUGGAAGAGGCGGAGGAUGAUCAUGAGGAAGAUCCAAUGAUGUAUCCAGAGAUUGAGGUAGAAAGUGAACGAGAGAACAAGGAUAAUCCGCCCCCAACCAAAAUGAAGCAUGACGGCAGGAAGCGGAUUCGGGAGGAUGGGCUAAUGAAGAUUUACAUACUACAGCUUUUGAGCAGGACUAUGUUUGAAAUUGGUUUCCUUGUUGGCCAGUAUUUCCUUUAUGGGUUUGAGGUCAGCUCCAAAUUUAUUUGCACCCGGCAUCCCUGUCCGCACAAAAUAGACUGCUUCAUUUCCAGGCCCACCGAGAAAACCAUCUUCCUGCUCAUCAUGUAUGGUGUGAGUUGUUUGUGUUUACUUCUGAAUGUCUGGGAAAUGCUUCACUUGGGAUUUGGCACCAUCCGGGAUACGCUGAACAAUAAGCGGAAAGAGCUGGAGGAGUCGGGGACCUAUAAUUACCCAUUUACUUGGAAUACCCCAUCGGCUCCUCCAGGCUACAACAUUGCAGUGAAGCCCGACCAGAUACAGUACACAGAACUGACUAAUGCCAAAAUAGCCUACAAGCAGAAUAAAGCCAACAUAGCACAAGAACAGCAAUAUGGGAGCAACGAAGAGAACAUUCCCACCGAGUUGGAGAACCUCCAGCGAGAAAUCAAAGUAGCUCAGGAACGCUUAGAUCUUGCCAUUCAGGCAUACAAUAAUCAGAACAAUCCUAUGUGCUCUAAGGAGAAGAAGCCCAAAGGCAGCUCAAACAAAAGCAGUGGCAGCAGCAAAUCAGGAGAUGGAAAAACCUCUGUCUGGAUUUGACACUGUUUGCUGGGGAUUUAAUGACUUGAUCCUUUCCUCCUGCAGUGUAUGAUCACUAAGAAACUUGUUGCAUACAAUCUUCCGUAGAAUAAAUAUUCAGGUUUGUUUUAGUUCAGGGAGAUUAGGACUGCCAAAUGACACUCUCUGAAAGGAGAGGGAAAGGAAAACACUUAUGCUCAGAUUCUGAUGUUUCCAGAACAUGUAUCCUUGUUUCUUCCAGGUCAGGGGAAGACCCAGGUUUAUUUUUUAGCGAAAAAAAUCAUUCUUGUUGAACGGUUUACACUGUAUGUACAGUAUUAUGGUACAUUUUAUUAUGCACAAUUUUUUGUAUUUGUAUAUUGGAUAUCUCAGUUAUACUUUUUAUAUUAAAAAGAACAAAAUAGGUAA